GUCAGAGGGCUAUCCGCUUUUCCCGUCGUGUCAUCGGCAGCGGUGUGGCCAGCAGCAUCUCGUUGCGUGUUUAGUUGUGAAUAUAUAUAUACGCACACUGGCGUCGUGCGUCGAAGAGUAAAAGAAACUUUGAUUAUCAUUCAGUCUCUCUUGCGUGUGCGUAUUGAAGGAGGGAGAGGUGGGGGCACUCCGAUACGACGACACAAGCACCGUCUGCGCUUGGUAUCUGGUGUUUUUUUUUCGUGCGAGGCAUCAUGGCGAAUCAGGACAUCGAGCCGAUGUCACGUUUACUCAAGCUCGCCAAGAAAUUCAACUGCUUUUACCUGUCAGGUCUCCAUGCAGGGGAUUGUCGGGCAUUUGUUGUCGAUGGACAACAAAUUGGACUUGUCAGACCGGAUGUUAUGAAGGAACUUCUGAAUUACCCGCAGGUAUUUCAAGUUUAUCCAGAGUAUGUGCAACUGAAUCCAGCUUUUCGCGACUACGCCGAAAGAAGCGCAAAAGUCGACGAGGUAUUACGAGAAUGGCGAUGUGGUGGAAAAUUUAUUGCAUUACGUGGUUGGAGGGAAGAAUAUUACGACGUACGAGCUCAAUUCAACACGCCCCCGCUAUUCAAAAUGGAUCGAUCGGCCACAUCACUGUUUGGUAUACGAAAAUACGGAGUAGACAUAAACGGCUAUGUAAUGGAUCCAGUGAAAGGAUUGUCAAUUUGGCUACAAAAGCGAAGUCCCAACAAACAAACAUGGCCUGGCUAUUGGGAUAAUUGUGUUAGCGGAGGUUUGAGCGUGGGUUUCGGCAUUAAUGAAACAGCGAUCAAGGAGGCACGCGAAGAGGCUGGUAUUCCCAAUCAUUUGCUCACCAAGCUGAAGAGUGCAGGCUGUGUGUCAUUGUUUUUCGAGAGUGAACGAGGACUUUUUCCAAAUACUGAAUUUGUGUUCGACUUAGAACUUCCCGUAGACUUUGUGCCUACAAACAAAGAUGGAGAAGUGGAGACUUUUGAAUUACUGCCUGUGAGUGAGUGUCUUGAAAGAGUACUUUCAUCACACUUCAAAACUACGUCCGUUCCAGUGUCAAUAGACUUUUUAAUUAGACAUGGGUACAUCACUCCUGAAAACGAACCUAACUUUAUCCAAAUAAUGGAAUUAUUACACGUUCCGCUGCAAACAAUGUACAAUCAACCGCACAGAAAGCACAAAAUCGCAGCCAAUGGAGAGACGAAUGAUACUUUAGAACGAAUUUAAAUCUUAUACUUACUAGGUACUAAUUGCAAAUCGUACUAGGAAUACAUUUUUUACCAAAAUAAUGGAAAUUUUGUUACUUUUCUAGUAAGAUGUGCUUUAUCAAUGUUUAUAUAGCAUUAAAAACCAACAAUUUUCAUAAAUUCGUUUAAUUUGAUUGCUUGAAUAGUCGAUUCAAAUUACUUUAACGAUUACCUGGGUUAAAGAAACAAUUAUAUACUUAUUGCCAUUCGAAAGUUUUUCAUUUUAUUACAAUUAUAUUAGCUGAGUAUUAUAAUUUCUACAUCAACGAAAAUUUUUAGACAGGCUAAAAAAGAAUGGACUUUUGUGUGAUAUCGAUGAAUAAAUAAAAGAAAUAUGAAAUUUAAAUAAGACACUCAUCAAUGAUGUAUAAUCAAAAGCGUACUAUGAAAAUACGGAAUAGCAAGUUUAUACACUAUUAAAUGCAUAUUCUUUAAAAAUAAUAUAAGUACAUGAUAUUAUGCGCUUUAAAUUAUUUCGAAUCUUGAUUCAUAUUGACAAUGAGUAUAUUUAACUAGAGCCAUAACUGCUUUCAAAGACAAAAAAUCUGUUAGUAAACAAUAUUAAUCAAGAAAUCGAACAACGAAGUAUUACUCCUGCGUCAUUCCAAACAGAAUUAGUGCAAAAAGUGUGUACGAAAUGAAGUUAUGAUGCCUUAUUGUUUAUGGAUUAUUAAAUGAUUCUAUGAUUAAUUUUAAAAGUU